CUGCAGCCCCGCGCUGCCGCCCGCCAGGCGCCGGCGCCGCGUCCCCGCCCCUCCGCCAUGGCCGAUGUGGAGGACGGGGACGAGCCGGGCGCCCCCCACUCGCACCCGGGCUCUGCGGGCUCCAAGGCGGGCGCCCCCGACAAGAUGUUCUCGCUGAAGAAGUGGAACGCGGUGGCCAUGUGGAGCUGGGACGUGGAGUGCGACACCUGCGCCAUUUGCCGGGUGCAGGUCAUGGAUGCCUGUCUUAGAUGUCAAGCUGAAAACAAACAAGAAGAUUGUGUUGUGGUUUGGGGAGAAUGCAAUCAUUCCUUCCACAAUUGCUGCAUGUCCUUGUGGGUGAAACAGAAUAAUCGCUGUCCCCUCUGCCAGCAGGACUGGGUAGUUCAGAGAAUAGGCAAAUAAAAACACUGGAAGGUUUUUUUUGUUGUUGUUGAACUUGUUGAAAUAGUGUAUGUCUUAUGCCAUAUGCUCAUACAAAAGAAUGGAACAUGUCAAUCAUGGCAUGAUUUAUUUAGUUUAUCUGCUACAAGGUCAGUGUAGUUUUGUUGUAUGCUCUUUGCUGUACGAGGAGGCAAUGGUCAGUCCUACUGCAGAUAUUUCCACAACUGAAAAAAGAGAGAGACUACCUUAACAAAUAUAUCUGUUACAAUUUGAGUGUUAACUGUAUCAGAGCAUAGAAAUGUGGUGGUGCAGAUUAUACCCUAAAUACAGUUUAUUUAAUGUUUUUGCAUAGAUAAAUGAAUUAAUUUGAAAGGGUGACCUUACCUGUAAGUCUGAUAUGCUGCGUAUUUGCUGUCAGGAUAAAGAAGUUGUUUUCUAAGUAAUAUUGUAUACAAAAACACCGUUGGUGAGUUUUUUAGAAAGUAUUCUGUUUUUUGAUCUAAAAUGAAUAGUGUGUAAAGCAUUUGCUAUGUGCUUUUUCCAUCACACUAUACUAAACAUUUCUAAUGUAGGUUUUCUUUAUGACUUUAGAAAAUUUUGUUUUGUUGUAUCUCUAAGUCUGUUGCUGUGUUACGUUGUAUACAUGAUUUCUACAACCAUAGUAUUAAAAUUUAACCACAUUAAUAAUUAUUCUAUUUAUAUUUCUGUUAAAGAUCAUGGAAACAUGUAUUUUUAAUCCAGAGACUUUGGUACAAAGACACAUAUUUGGUAUCAGUUAACUAGGGGCAUAAACAAUCUCACUGGUUAGCUGACUGAUAUAGAAAGCAAACAAAACUGAUAAUUUAAAUAUCCUAAGGAAAGCAGGUACUAAUCAAAUCUAGAGAAAAAUGUUAAAUUGUGGUUUCAUGAAAAUUCAGUUAAUAGAGAUUUCUUUGUCAUCAUUUUAUUGGUUACAGUGUUUUAGAAGUGGGAGAAAGCAUUGUUUCAUUUUUGUGAAAAUCCUCAAUGUAUCAUCUUUUUUAUAUGAAUUGUGAUUUUUUUUUUCUUAUAUAUAUUUAAGUGCUUGCCUCUGAGUUUGUCUUUUCCCUGAAUAUCCAAAGUAGUUACUAUUAAUCUGAACAUAUGCUGUGGGGGUUUUUUUAGUAUAUGCAAUAGAGAGGUUGAAUUACUGCUCAAGUCUGUAACAAAUUCAGACUUAAUAAAAUGGUUAAUAAACCUGGGCAAAAUUGAAGUAAUAUUAUAUGCAUAUCAUUGUUUACUUCAAAAUUAUGAUCUUAAUUGUUUAAGAUAAUGCAUUUCUCAGCAGAUGUAUUUGUGUCUAGUUCUGUUUAAGUAUAUUUAAAGAGGUUUAUCUUCACUGUAUAAAGUAGUUCCAAUGGCAAUCUUUGUGUCAUCAAGCAUACAUGCAGAGUUUACUGUGUUUUUGUUUAAUACUUGUAAUCUUGUUUUUAAAAUGUUUUAAAUUUUUUAAAUACAGCUUUUGUCUCAUUGCACACUGAGAUCAAAAAAAUCCUCUGUGUCACUGUUACAGUGUAUCACAUUAGUUGUUAUUAACCCAGAUGAUGUCUGUCUUAAAAUUGAAAACAAAUAUAAAAUAGGUUAACAGUA